GCUAAUACAAAAUAUUUUCAUUCCUAUGUGAAAAUAAGGCACCGGAAGCAGAAUAUUAACUCUAUCCUAGAUGAAUCUGGAAGGAUGAUUACCUCUUUACCUGAAAUUGGGAAGGCUGCCUCUGAUUUUUACUCCAAGCUUUAUUCUGUCUCUCCACCCACUGUAUCAGAUGAUGUACUUCACUUUAUUCCUAGCUUGGUCACUGAUGCAGAUAAUAAUAUGUUAAUGGAGUUACCACAAGAAGAGGAAGUUAAAAGAGCAGUUUGGAAUCUUAAUCUUAAUGGGGCACCAGGGCCGGAUGGUUUUAAUGGCAAGUUUUUCAAAAAAUGCUGGCAUAUAGUGAGAUCUGACUUAUUGAAAGUUGUGCAAGAAUUUUUUAUGGGAAUCUCUAUUCCUAAAGCUCUAUCUAGCAUUCUCAUUGUGCUGAUUCCUAAGGUGCCUAACCCCUCCUCCUUUGGAGAAUUUAGACCUAUUUGUAUUUCUAAUUUUGUUAGUAAAGUAUGCACAAAGGUCCUGACUGAUAGGCUAUCUAUGAUUCUUCCUAAAAUUAUUUCUCCUGAGCAAAUUGGUUUCAUGAAAAACAAGGACAUGGUGGACCAUAUACUAAUUGCCCAGGAGAUGGUACACUCUCUGAAUAAAAAGGUUAUUAUGAAUAAUUUGCAAUCAACCUAUCUGUCUGUUCUUGUAAAUGGGGUGCAUCAUGAUUUUUUCCAACCUAAAAGAGGGGUCAAGCAAGGUGAUCCUUUGUCCCAUUUCUUAUUUAUUCUUGCUUCAAAAGCUUUUUCCAGGGGAAUUAAAUGACAUAU